AAUUUCGAAAUUUUACUUAAGAUAAGUUCUUAUCAUCGUCAUGAUCGCGACACGUGACAUCUGUCCCGACGGGGCGAACCGGAAGUUUACCGUAGUCGAAUUGUACAAAGAAGAUCCCAGCUGCCCAGUCAAGAUCCGCUUCGAUCGGGACUCGCUCGAGUACUCGCCCUCUGAAGCGAUCACGGGUCGCAUCUUGCUGGACGGAAUGGUGGGCGGGGUAGAUGUCACAGAAAUCAAGAUAAACGUGCUCGGGACAGGGCGGACGAGUUGGGCGGUGCUGACGGAAAAUCAAAAGAAGCAGUUGGACAUGGCUCACGCGUCGACGGAGGUGUACAUCGACACCAAUUUCGUGGUGGACAAGGGCACUCCGAUUACUAAAGUGGAACCUUACAUGACGGCCGAGGUCACUUUUUCCUACACGCUGCCACCCUCCCCACUUCCGUCCACCUUUAUCGACGCGUUCGGCUCCAUCACGUACGUCAUGAAGGUCUCGGCACGAACGACGCAGGAUACAGAGCUGACCUGCAUGGGAGCCUUCAUCGUGAAUGGCGAGUAUGACCUGAACUCUGACCCCGCUCUGGGUCACAAGGCGGAACUCCAUGACCAUAAAAGGGUCGUGUCUUGCUGCUGUAUCAAAAGAGGGGUGAUCGAAAUCAUGGUAAAACUUCCUCAACGUGGCUUCGUCCUCGGUGAACAGGUGAAUUUCGUGGCCGAAAUAGAGAACAAGUCGACCUCCCGGGUCAAACAGGUUGUCGCCCGGCUCCUUCAGAAAACCCUGUUUCACGCUUCCGGAGAAAACAAGGAGGAUUCGAAACCGCUCGUGACCGUGAACGCGGGAAGCGUUGAACGAAAGAGUAAAGAACUUUGGGCGGGAUAUCUCGACCUUCCGCGCCACCUGCCGCCCACGACGCUUGGCGGGAGCAGUCUGAUCGUGCUGAAUUAUGCGUUGCAGUUUGAGCUGAUCAUUUCCGGUUGUACGAGCAAUUUGAGGGCUGAGAUUCCCAUUUCAAUCGGAACGGUGGGAUUGGCGAAGGGGGGAAGUAGUGAGGAUGCAAGUCCGGCCAAAUUUGGAAAGGGGGGUGCACCACCAGAACUAGCAAAAUAGCUGGGGAGAGAAUAUUUCAAAAUUUUGGAUGACUGAUUUUUAAAUUUUUGAGGGGAUAAAUGAAUAAAAAAUUCUUGUU